UCUCUUUGUUGACGGCACUGACCAAACAGCAGUCAUGUUUGGCUUUUUCAUACAGUCAGUUUGCUGGUCUUGAGCGGCGUAUUAGCUCAUGUAAAUGUCCCAGCUUUUACUCAGGUUCGUUUUCUUCAUCUGCACUCAUGAACAGGACACAGCUGAAGCGCUCCAGCAUCUUGAGGAUGGCAUUGAGCGGUUCUGAAAUGAUGGACCGGGACGAAUCCAGACAGACUUUCGUAUUUCGAGCAGUGAGAAUAGCAGUUGUGGUUGCGCUAUACUGGUUUAUCUCGAUAACGAUGGUGUUCCUCAAUAAUCACCUGCUGGACAACAAAGACUUGGACGCGCCGUUGUUCGUCACUUUUUAUCAGUGUGUGGUCACUGUUGCACUUUGCUGGCUCAUGCAGCUGCUAUCAAAAAUGUGCCCCCGACUCAUCAACUUCCCCUCGGUCAGGUUUGACGUGAAGCUGUCCCGGGAGGUUCUGCCGCUGUCCAUCGUGUUCAUCGGCAUGAUCACCUUCAACAACUUGUGCCUGAAACAUCUCGGGGUGGCUUUCUACACGAUCGGCCGCUCUCUGAGCACAGUUUUCAAUGUGCUGUUAUCGUACAUUAUCCUGAAACAAACCACGUCUUUCAGGGCUCUGGCGUGCUGUGGGAUCAUAUUAGGUGGUUUCUGGCUUGGUGUGGACCAGGAAGGCAUCACAGGGUCCCUCUCCUGGACAGGCAUAUUUUUUGGGGUGCUGGCUAGUGCCUGCGUCUCUCUCAAUGCCAUCUAUACUAAGAAGGUAAUGCCUGCCCUGGAUGGAAACAUCUGGAAACUGUCCUAUUAUAACAACAUUAACGCCUGCGUCCUCUUCCUCCCUCUCAUCCUUGUGUUCGGAGAGUUGGGCCAGCUCAUCAAGUUCAGCCGUCUCACUGACAUCAGCUUUUGGGGAAUGAUGACUCUCGGAGGAGUGUUUGGUUUCGCCAUAGGCUAUGUUACAGGGCUCCAGAUCAAAUAUACAAGCCCGCUCACGCAUAAUGUCUCAGGGACUGCAAAGGCCUGUGCACAGACCGUCAUUGCAGUAGUGUACAACUCUUCCACUAAAACCCUGCUGUGGUGGACCAGUAACAUGAUGGUUCUUGGUGGUUCGUCUGCUUAUACUUGGGUAAAAAGUCUAGAAAUGAAGAAGAGUCCCAACACAGUCCUUCAGGACUCAGCAAAGGAAAAAUUGCUUUCAGGGGAUAAAGAAAACCAAGUGUUGUAAGUUAAUAAACUUUGUCGUUUUAUCUAUGUGGGCUGAGAAUGUUGUGACAGUACAAAUGAAGUAACUUUUAUUCCAGAGGAAAAAGGAAAGUAAGUUAAUUAUGAUAUUCGUGGAACCUGUCUUUUUGUUUUUGUUUUUGUUUGUUUUUAUGUGACAAAUGUCGAGAGGUGAGGGGAAUUGGUAAAUUGUUGAAGUUUAUUGAAGAUGCGAGGGACAAGGUAAUCAGAAACCUUGUGUAACUCUGAUUGAUCUACUACAGGCCUUUUUUAUCCUUAAGGAAAGCAGUCCAUGAAUGUUUUAGUCCGUUACAGUUUUGAACUGUACACCAUUUACUACUUGCUUUUGAACUAAAUAAUACUGGAAAUUAAAAGUAAAUAUUGUCAUGAGAUAUAUUCAUUUCAUAAUCACAUUUCCAAACAUAUGUGAAGCAGAUCAGGAAAAGGACCUGUUUGAAUAUGUGCAUAUGCAUUUUCAUAUGCCACAGUUUACUUCUAUAACUGCACCUGGUUUAUUCAAAAGAAGCUACUUGAAAAGGUUUUUGGUGAGGUAUAAUUUGUGAUCUCGCUUUUUAAGGUGUCAUGAAAUCAUUGCAGCAUUUAAGUUUAACAGAAUGAAAGAUUGUAAUUUAUGGUGUCUUUGCUAAUGAAAUGAUAGUUUUCACAUGUACUCUUUUGAUUUACAGUUGACAAAUGAAAUGUAUAGUUUUUAUUAGUGGUGCAACGGAUCACGGUUGAUCCGUAAUCCGAACCGAUCCCACUCCACGGUUCGGCACGCACGUGAUCCGAAGAUUCGAAAAAGAAGGGAAAAAAAGUAUGGGUAUGGUGCGCGUGGUGGGUCUGUCAAGCGAUAGUUAUGGCCAGCGCUAGCGGUCCAAGUAGAGGAGCAGAGGAGUUUGCGGUAUUUAAGCAGCCCUUUGCUGCCCAGUCCGACCGGGCUAAAGCUAUUACAAAAGCUACUGGGGUGUUUAGCUGCAGACGGGAGGCCGUAUUCCGUUGUGCAAAACAAGGGGUUUAAACUAUGAUGAACGUGCUUGAGCCACGCUAUGAUAUCCCGUCCCGUUCGCGUCCACUUUAGUGGCAAGAUCGUUCCAAGCAUAUAUGAGCAGGAGAAGAUUUAAGUUAUGGCUGAACUGUCCCAGGCAACUUCUGUUGUCCUAACUACUACAAAUGGAUGGACCUCCAGGGCAACGGAAAGCUACGUGACAGCUCAUUAUAUCACAGCAGAGUGCGAUAUAAUGACCGGUAUGUAUUAUUGCAGGGUUUACCUUACAAUAUAAAGUGCCUUGAGGCGACUGUUGUUGUGAUUUGGCGCUUUAUAAAUAAAAUUGAAUUGAAUUGAGUGGUAGAUGCAAAGACUGUACUGCCCUAUAUUGUACCAUAAUUUUUUUUAAUAAUUGCGUGGAAUGAGUCUAGAGUUGAAUGUUUUUAACAGGCAA